AUGGCGAUAAGCCAUGACUGGUCUUUCACUUUACUGUGGUUAAUUUGGAUUUUUACCCUUUUAUUCAGCGAUUCGUAUGGAAAACGAACACAAAACUAUUAUAUGGAAGGGUUAGAUUGCGGUGACAGUAAACAUAUAGGUGGAGCUACUGUGUAUUCUAAUUUCCGUGGUGACGUAAGCACCGUGUACGGUAAUGACAUCGAGUGUCAGAUGACGUUUAAAGCGGAGAAUAAGGACUGGAGAUUAAUGUUACGGAUUAUUGAGUUAGAUAUUCCUGAUAGGACUAGCACGGGAUUAUGUAACGAUGCCCUCUAUGUUUACGAUGAAAGCUCAAUUUAUGCCAGAGCCAUGGAAGAGGCAAACGGAAAUACCGGUCUCUGUGGCAACAUUUUACCUCCUACUUUAUAUUCUACAGGACAAUAUUUAACUGUUCAUUUCAGUGUCUCUUUACAAAAUCAAAAAGAUAUAGUUUAA